AUGGCUGAAUACCAUAUUGAUGCAAACGUUUUUCAUAAACGUCUAAAUUUAUUACUUUCUUCCUGGAAAGAUACCUCAGACGCAAAUGAACUUUUCCAAGGAUGUGAAAGCAUAUUAGUCGUUAUUGGUACAGCGGAUGUACCAAAUCCUUAUCAAAAGUCGGCUGCUAUACAUACAUGGCUUCUUGGAUACGAAUUUCCUUCAACGUUAAUGCUUGUAGAAAAGGAGCGGAUUACCUUUUUGACCUCCAAUACCAAAGCGAGCAUGCUUCAACAGCUAUCUGAAACAGAAAACAAAGCAGCCGAAGUUGAUAUUUUAAAACGCACAAAAGAUCCCGCAGAGAACCGUGCAUUGUUUGAAGAGGUCGUAAAGCGCCUUCGUGCUACUAAUAAAAAGAUUGGUAUUUUUCCCAAAGACGUCAAUCAAGGAAAGUUUGUGAAUGAAUGGAAUGAAGUGUUUGAACCCGUCAAAUCAGAGUUUGAGAUGGUCGACGCUAGCAUGGGUUUGGCCAAAGCAUUGGCUGUAAAAGAUGAACAAGAAAUAAUAAACGUCAAGGAUGCUUCACGGGUCAGCGUUGCUUCAAUGACAAAAUACUUUGCUGAUGAAUUAUCUAGAUAUGUCGAUCAAGGGGUAAGAACUACCCACUCUAAAUUUGCCGAACGGCUUGAGCGCUUGAUCGAUAAUGAGUCCUUUUUUCAAAAAAAAGACGUUCGUUUAGGAGACAUUGAUACAGAGCAGAUGGAAUGGUGCUAUACUCCGAUUAUUCAAUCUGGCGGACAAUAUGAUUUAAAGCCUUCUGCUAUCACAGACGAUCGAAAUUUACAUGGUGACGUUGUUAUAUGUUCUUUAGGUAUCCGCUACAAGUCUUACUGCUCUAACAUUGGCCGUACUUACUUGUUUGAUCCUAGUCCUGAACAACAGAAAAACUACUCUUUCCUUGUGGCUUUGCAAGGAAAACUGAUUGAGUCUUGCCGUGAUGGCGCUAUGAUUAAAGAUAUAUACACCAAGAUACUGGGCUUCAUUAGAUCAAAACGACCCGAGCUGGAAGGUCAUUUCGUGAAAAAUUUAGGUGCUGGUAUCGGUAUAGAAUUUCGUGAAUCUUCUUUGCUUGUUAAUGCAAAAAACACUCGUACUUUGAAAGCUGGUAUGACAAUGAGUCUUAGUAUUGGAUUUGCCAACUUGGUUAAUCCUAAACCAAAGAAUUCUCAUCCUAGAGAGUAUUCUCUUCUACUGAUUGACACCAUUCAGGUGACUCGAGGUGAUCCAGUUGUUUUCACAAAUUCCCCGAAAGCCCAAGCUGAUAUCUCAUACUUUUUUGGAGACGAAGCCGAUGAUUUAGAUGAUGGUCCGAAGCAACGCAAGCAAACACGUGGAACUGCAACUGUAUCGAGUCAUAAAGGCAAAACUCGAAGUGAGACCAGAGAAGUGGAUGAUUCCGCUGAAAAACGUCGCACUGAACAUCAAAAACAGCUGGCUGCUAGAAAACAAAGUGAAGGUCUUCAGAGAUUUGCUGAGGGUUCUACACAUAAAACUGGAACCGAAAAGCCAGCGGUUAAACGGUACGAAUCAUAUAAGCGUGAUUCUCAAAUGCCUCAGGCUAUUGGAGAACUACGAAUUUUAGUAGAUUAUAGAGCUCAAAGUAUCAUUCUACCCAUAUUUGGCCGUCCUGUUCCUUUUCAUAUUUCUUCUUUGAAGAAUGCUAGUAAAAACGAUGAGGAAAGCUUUGUUUACCUACGCUUGAACUUCCUUAGUCCUGGUCAAAUUGGUGGUAGAAAAGAUGAACAGCCAUUUGAAGAUCCUAAUGCUCAGUUCAUCAGGAGUUUCACUUUCAGAAGCUCUGAUAGUUCCCGAAUGAAUCAAAUUUUCAAAGACAUUCAAGAUAUGAAGAAGGCAGCUACUAAGCGUGAAGCUGAAAAGAAAGAAUUUGCCGAUGUUGUUGAGCAAGAAAACUUGAUUGAAAUCAAAAAUCGUCGCCCUAUUCAUCUCAAUGAUGUUUAUGUCCGCCCUGCGCUUGAUGGUAAGCGCUUGCCAGGUUUCGUUGAAAUUCACCAGAAUGGUAUACGUUAUCAAUCUCCACUUCGAUCCGAUAGUCAUAUUGAUUUACUAUUUUCAAAUAUGAAGCAUCUGUUUUUCCAACCUUGUGAAGGUGAAUUGAUUGUUUUGGUCCACAUUUAUUUGAAUGCUCCUAUUAUGGUUGGAAAGCGGAAAACCCAAGACGUGCAAUUCUAUAGAGAGGUGUCAGACAUCCAGUUCGACGAAACAGGAAAUAAAAAGAGGAAAUAUAUGUAUGGUGACGAAGAUGAAAUCGAGCAAGAACAAGAAGAACGACGUCGUCGUGCCCAGUUAGAUAGAGAAUUUAAGACUUUCGGUGAAAGAAUCGCCGAAGCUAGUGAUGGUCAAGUCGAACUUGAUAUCCCAUUCCGUGAGCUUGCAUUUAGCGGUGUACCAUUCAGAUCUAAUGUAUUGUUACAGCCAACGACAGAUUGUUUGGUCCAAUUAACUGAUACCCCAUUCACAGUUGUUACCCUUUCAGAAAUCGAAAUAGCUCAUUUGGAACGUGUUCAGUUCGGUUUAAAGAAUUUUGAUUUGGUUUUCAUUUUCCAAGAUUUCCAUCGACCACCUGUUCAUAUAAAUACAAUUCCAAUGGAACAAUUGGACAAUGUAAAGGAAUGGUUGGAUUCUUGCGACAUUUGUUACAGUGAGGGACCCUUAAACUUGAACUGGACGACUAUUAUGAAAACAGUGAAUGAGGAUCCUGUCGCAUUUUUCCAAGAAGGUGGUUGGGGAUUCCUUGGUACAGGAAGUGAUGAUGAAGGGGAAAAUAGUGAUGAAGAAGUCUCUGAAUAUGAAGGUUCUGAUGUAGAACCCGAAGAAGAAGUGUCCGAAGAAGGUUCAGAAGAACUAAGUGAAGCAGCUAGUGACGAAGAAGAUAGUGGAAGUGAAGCAGCUAGUGACGAAGAAGAGGAAAGCGGUGAAGAUUGGGAUGAACUUGAACGAAAGGCUCUGCAGGAAGAUGCGAGGCGUGAGCAGGAUGGUGGUGGUGGUCAUCCUUUGAAAAAGAGAAGAUAA